UGAAGGUGCCGCGGUGCUGAGGGGAGUGUUGUCGUGGUGCCGUGAGGAGCUGAGACAAUUGAAAUGUUGAAAACAUCACAAAACAAGAUGUUUGCGGCUUUGAAGUAUCACUCAACAGACUAUUUAUAUGAGAGCAUGGCAAGGCAGAAGUUUUCCAUCUGGAAAUUAUCACUUUGCUUUCCUCCCUGUUUACAUCAAGAUGAAAAGUAUCAUCUCAAUGGACUCUUUGCUGAUGAUAAGUAUAGGAAGCCAUGGACUAGAAUUGGUUCAACACAGAACAUGAUUGCUAUUUCAGUAUUGGAUCAAUGGAAGAAAAGUUUACUUGUGGAGGAUUUCCUGGAAAAGAAACCUAUCUCCUCUGUAGAGUUUCAGGCUAGCAAUGAUUUAAUAGAAGUUAUUCCAAGCUCAAAUCCUUGCUCUCAGACUGGCACAGAAGAGUGUUUUUUACUUACGAAGAAUGGUUUUAAGGGAGACUCCACCCAAGACAAAUAUUUGAAGAUUUACUAUGCCACUGAAUUUAAAGACCCACAGCAAGAUUUAUGUUUGGAAGAGGAGUUUGUUUUUAUUGAUAAUCUGGAAAAUUUUCGUAGAAAACUGCCAACAUUAUCUAUACUUCUGAGCAGACUACAGUUUUUUUUAGUGAAAGAUCCCCUUUUAGAUUCUGAAGGACAGAUUUUAAGAGCAGAGAAUAUUUUCAGGGAAUGUUUGACUUCCCAAAAUGAAAUUAAGAUGGAAGAGAGUCAAAAUGAAUUGCAGGGGAUUAAGGAGAAUUUCUGUACUGUAUCUAUAAAAGAUGAAGAGUAUUUCCUGUUACCUGCUGAAUUAGAAUUUGGCAAACCCAGCAAUGGCAGAUCUGAUUGUGUUAAGAUUCCAUCAUACUUGCAACUGAAAGAGGUGUUAAAUUUAACUCCAGUCACUGUAGAUGAUGAAGACCCUUGCAAACAGGUGAUCAGAGAAGAUCUCAAAGCAGCAAUUACAUACAAAAUAGAAAUUUCCAAGUACUGUGCCAUUCCACAAGAGGUUUGCUCCAGUAUUAGCACAAGUAUGUUGGAAUUCUGUGAGUCAGUUGAAUAUAUUCCAUAUUUGAAAGAUGAAAUGGAAAUGCCUUUAACUCCUCCAUGCAGACAACAAAGAUCAUGGGUUAAUUUUCUGUGCAGAGGACUUCAAGAAGAACCUAUUUCUCUCUCUGGUAACAGUAUUUUGAUUGCAGAGCCCUCUAGGGAAUUCUUAGAAUCUUUGGUUUGGCAAUCAGAGAAGUAUCGGGAUAAUAUGAGCUCUCUUUUGCUUGUUGAGCACCCAGAUGUUAACCUUGCACAUCAGCAUCAUUCACUGACUGAACUACAGAAAAAGCUGCCAGUUGAGAUCGAAGCACCAAUGCUUGGAUCACUAGAGGAGGGCUGGUGGCUUCAUACGGGUUUAAGUCCAGCAGCUGUAGAAAUUUUGGAACAAUUUAAUAUGGAUGGAAGCAAUGCAAACAGUCUACUUCCUACAGAAAUAGAAACAUUCACAAAAUUUACAUUGUAUCAAUUAGAAAGAUGGCUUGAAGAGAAGAAUUCUGUUACAAACCAAGAGCUGCUGUCUGCUGAAAGACAUCAGUCAGAGAAAGUAGUUAACCCUGACCUGUCACUGCAGAUUCAAAGGCAGUACUUUGUCACAAGUGCUGUAUCAUCUGCCAACAUUCACAGUACAAAUACAUCUGUGGAAGAGCUUACUGGAGGAAGCAUAAGAAAGAUUAAGACAGAAGAGGCAAUUUGUUUCUUAAACCAAGAAAAGAAAAUCCCCAAACCAUCUGAAUCAGAGAGCUGUAAAGAUGCGUCUUCCAAACUAGACAAAUCAUCCUGUAGUGGAAAGCCUGCAUCACUUGCACUUGCUUCUAAAUGGGCCAACGAUGAUUCUGAUUUGAACAACUUUAUUAUGAUGAGAUCUAAGCAUAUAGUCACCCUAAGAGAAGAAAAACAUUAUGUAGAUAGACAUGAAAAUGUGGUACAGCCUGAAGAGCAGCAUAUGUGUGUUCACAAAGAUGAUGAUUCUUUUUGUGAGACUGUAAAAACAGAGGAAAGAUCUCCAGAGAAUGAAGACAGUAUCACUGUCAAUAUUCAACCAUCAGAAAGCCAAUUCCAGGCAUUUUGCCUCUUGGAAGAAGCAGCCAUCCCUGUAUUAAAGGAUUUGACACAUCUGGGUGUACUUGCUUCUGUUACUUGGAGCUUUGACAGUGUUAAAUUUGAUCAUACAAGGUUUUUCUUAAAACAGCAAGAGAAAGUGAUAUGUGAUAAUUUUCAACAAGGUAAAAUAGAUGAGAAGGAAAUCAUGCUGUUCAGACAUGCUGCUCUGGUACACCUGCUGGUGACAGUUCGAGAUUUGCUACUAACUUGUGACUUGGAUACAGCUCUAGGUUAUUUGUCCAAGGCAAAGGAUAUCUAUAAAAACAUUUUAGAAUCCUGUUUGAAUAAUAUCUGGAGGCAGUUGAAGAUUAUACAGUACAGCAGCCAGAAAAAGCAUGAAACUCAUCCCAAAAUAACAGCACUUCAGUGUGAAAUGUUAAAUUGGAUGAAAAGUUAUGGAGAGAAACAGAGUGUUAAGAUACUUAUCAUUACAAGGAUGGACUCUGAAAAAGCUGCCUUCAUUCACUCAUUAUCUGGGAUAGAAGGUUUGAAAGUUGUGGAUUUGAAUUCUGAGAAGAAAGGAAGCCCUUUAAGUUGUAAAGAGAUAAUAAGCAAUAGAUAUUCCUGUGUUAUUGUACAUAAUCAGCAAAUUGGAGCUGACUUCCCUUGGACACACUUCUCAUUAGUAAUGGAAUAUGAUUAUUCUGAAAAUUCUGGCUGGAAAAAUCUGUGCAAAAAUCUGAGUGUUACUUACAUGACUUUUAAAACCACCCUCCCUGGAACAAUACAAAUGCGGAAUCAUGGUGGUUCCUUUCUUCUGGAAGUACAGAUUCCAUAUGUAUUUCUGACAACUGAAGGUCUUCUUAAUAUGCCAGAUAUUCUUCAGCUUUUUGAAUCCAAGUACAGCAUUACCUUUGUUGAAAGAAGCAGUAGUUACUCCUUAAGGCUUUUUGGAAGUGUAGAUCGUUACGUUGUAUUGACAAUAGAUGAAGGUACUGCUAUCUUUUUACAGAGUAUGGAAGAACUAAAUUAUGAGGACUCUUGUGACGCUGUAAUAUCGAGACUGAUGGCAUUAUCACUCCAAUAUAUGUGCUGUUGGAUUAUUUUCUAUUCCAGAGAAAGACUGAGUUCAGAGUACAGUCUCAAGGGAAAUACUCUGCUUAAUCUUGUCUUAAUUUAUGCCACCCUAAUUGAACUUACACAGAAGUCAGAAGACUUUGAAGUGAAGGUAAUUCUUACUCCAGGGAUCGAAGAGACAGCACUGGUAAUUCGUCAGAUUGCUGACAACAUUUUGAUAGCAUCUAAUAUCAGUCCUCAUGAGUGGCUGGACAAAUCCUGGCUUUCGGUCUUGCCAUCUGAGACAGAGAAAUGCUUGCUUACUUUUCCAUGUAUCAAUCCUUUGGUUGCUCAGUUUAUGUUAAAGAAGUGGUCUUCACUGAACAGGUUAUUUCUUGCAAGCUUUGAUCAACUCCAGGAACUUCUGCCAGAGGUUCCAAAAAAAGUUUUAAAGCAUUUCAGUGACAUGGUAUCUUCAUACAGCCUAAAUACUGCUGCUCCUCUAGAAAAAACAGUGAAAAGUGCAUCACACCCAGAAAACCAGAAUAAUUUCAACACAUUGUAUCUUGACAAUAAACAAAAUUGUCAGAUUUUAGAGCUGCUUGAUAAGGCUCAAAACAACACAGGAAUGUCUCAUAUGAAUUUUGAGCCCCUAAUUCCUCCACUGAAUCAUCGUAAGGGUGUUUUAAAUUCUGAUCUUCCAAGUUGUAUGCGAAAGAAAGCAUGCUUAUCAGAUGUAAUUACAAGGAGGAAGCCAGAUUUCAUUGCUGUGUCAAAGGACUAUGAAGAUUUUGCUCAUCUAGAAGUUAAAAAUUCUCUCCAUGUUCAAAGACAGCCUUUCAGGAUGCAUGAUAGCUCUGAUAAUUCUUCCAAAGACACUGAAAAAGAGGAUUUCUUUGGAACUUUCAGUGACUGUGUACCUCAGGAGAGUUUUAAGAGUUUUCUAGAAGAAUUUACAGACACAACAUGUAACAGCCCAGAAAUUCAAAUUGCCCAGCCUCUGUGGAAUGACUCUUUAUCCACAAGCCCACAUAAUUCAUUUGCACAUGAUGAUUUUCUCUCUGAUUUCUUUGAUGGUAUGGAUAAGCUUCCAAAUCUGAAUUUUAACCAAAUAGGUAGAGCACCUAAAGGAAAGAGAAAACAAAGGCCUCCAUUCUUCUGGACCAAAGAAAAUAUUAAAACAGAUUCAGGAUUUCCAGAAGUACAGGAGUUCAAAAAAAGGAAAUUGACAUAUGAAAGAGUCCCUGGAAGAAGAGAUGGACAAACACGUCUUAAAUUCUUUUGA